CAAAUGGAAAACAUGGAAUGGCGCUGCCCAAAACUUUUAGCGUUAUAUUUCUCUUAUCAAUAUAUUUUGGAGAAAUAGUGAAAAUGUUAUUUUGAUCAUUUAAUAUGUUUCAAUAAUUCAUACUUUCUAUUUAAAAGAAUUUCUUCUUUUUUUUUAACAAAGUGCUUUCAGUUUGUGGUAUGAACCUCGGUAAAAAAAGUAACAAGACUGGUUGUUUGUCAUCUGUUAGAUUAAAUUGAAUAUAUAAUAUUUUUUACAUUUUUUUUAACUUUAAAAGGUUAAACCUGAGUCUAUUAAAAACAGAGAACUAACCUUCCGAUAGGAGGUACAACUCACGGAUAGAGCUUUUCCCGAGUAUUCAAAUGGGCUGAAAUGCAGUAGUCCAUAUCCGUAUAGAAUGACCAGAAAAGUGUGACUUAGUUUCGCAUGACAGGUGGAUCGAACCUAAAAUGUAGUGAUAUAAUUUUUUACAUUAAUCGGCAAAGAAUACAUUCUUUCUGAAACCAUAAGCCAAUAAGGAUCACAAUCUUUCUGGAGCCAAAUGAAACUUAAGAAUAUGAACAAACGAAAAGAUGAAAUACUAAAAUUGAAGCCUAGAACACAUUGGAAAAACAAAGUGAAUGUCCUGAUUAUAGCGACCAACGGGUAAGAACGGGCAAGAGUGCGCCGAUCGUCAAAUUACAAAUAGAAACAAGUUAAAGAAUCUUGUUUGUGGACUUGAAAUAACUUCCAAAUUGGUUCUUUGGAUACGAAGUUACUGUGACAGGACAGAUAGGUUUUAAAUUUGAAGUUAAAAUUUAGAUUUUCUGUAUACAAAUUAUUUAUUUUAAACGAGGGUUAUAAUGUUGAGAUUAAGAUCUAAAUUUCACAGCUAAUCCCAUAAUCGCUAUAGUUGUUGCGAACCUAUUUUGUUAACCAAGUGAUCCGAACAAACCUGGCUAAUCCAAUAAUAACUAAAACGGUGGAAACAUUAGUACAUUACCUACCAGAUUUUCAACUAGGAGUUUGAUCCAGUUCUGUAAAGAUCACGUGCAUAUAUUUUUGUUUCUGAUGGAUAACGCGGAAAGAAUGCGAAUAUAUGCUUUGUACCUUCUUUAAGUUACAAACCUCAGCCCACAUUCAAUAUCAUAUGUGCAUAUCUCAUGGUUCACUUCUGUGGUGUUUUCUAUCAUGACCUAAAAAAGUGGACCACUAGAUCUAGUUUUCUACUGAUCAAUACUAUUAAAACAGAAACAUGGCUUAUUGAUAUAGGUGUUAUCCAACUAUUUUAAUACAAUUAUUAAAAUUUCUUAUUAAUCAUUUAAGAUAAAUAUUAUACAAAGAAAAACAUAUAUAUGACUAAAAACACAAAUAUAAAAAUUAAAUUUCAACAAAAAUAUAAAACAAAAAAUAUACCCGUUUUUUAAGGGUGGAUUAAAAUCUAGUUAAGAUAUAAAAUUGUGUCACAAAAAAUAGAUAUAAAUUAAAUAUGAAAGACUUAAACAAAUACAAUACCAGAGACCAUACAUAUGUUUGUUUUUAAAUGAUGCAUAUUCUGUUUAUGCAAAUAUAUAAUUUAAUUAUAAGGAUAAUCACAGGUUGAUUUAAAAAUGAUAAAUAAUGAUUUAUUAAUCUUGAUUUAAGAUUAAAAACAAAAUUUAUAUGCAUAUUCAUACUGAGUCAUACAAAUAAAUUGUGUGUUCAAUAAAAAGCAAUUGCAACGAUUAUAGAUUGGAACCGUUCAUCCUGAGAUUUGUGUUUUACAAAAUGAGAUUUAUCGUAAAAUAUUUAUUAGUAGAAUUGUUUAUCAAAAUUACAUAUAUCAGUUUUAAGAAAACAUAUAUCAACUGAAUUUGAGUAGGAUUAACUCCAAAUGUUUCCCACCAUAUAACACACGAUUAAAAACUAAAUAAAUAAUGCGAUUCUAGGCGAACACCCACUUCAAGUGUCCAACACAUAUUCCUCUUUUUUUAGUCCAACACAUAUUCCGAAAUCAAAGUGUGUUAGCAAUGCACCGAACGCACUUCGCUCUUCAAAACAGAAUAACCUUUUAAAAAGAAUAUUAUACAUAGACUCCUUUGACCUUUUCUAAGUGGUUCUUCUAUUUGUAAUAAAAGAUUUCAAUUUUGACGAAUAAGGUAACAAGACUAAAGAACCAAUAAGGGUAUCAGCAGAAACAUCAAACAUCAAACAUGUUUGAUGUUUGAUUCUUCCUUGAAAGAGAGUUCCAAAACUUAUAAACUAUAAAAAUUAAAUAUUAGUACUAUUUUGUUUGCUAAAUAUUACUAUAUAUAUAUGUAUAUCAAAAAGUACUACUACUGAAACAUCAACCUUUUAUCAUUUUUAUUUUCUAGCAUGCACCUACUUCUUUAAUUAAAGUAAACUAUUUCAUCUCAAAAGUGGUUGGAUUAUUGUUACUUGAUAAAUAAAAUAUAAAAAUCAUACAAGGUAAUUUAUUUAUUUUCAAAUAAUGAUUAUAAAUGUUCUCAACAGAUGAUACUACAACAUAUUUGCAUUUUAAAAAAUAUUCUGCUAUAGUUUAUAGUGUGUAUAUAUAGACAUGUUGAUCUCUAAGUCUAAUUAACUUUUGUUCUAUUAAAUUAAUAUCGAAAAUCUGAACCCUAAACUCAUUCACUAUUUUUGUAUAUGAAUGUUAAAGAACUUUUCACUUUUUAUUUUUAUUUUUUGCAACUGAAGAACUUUUCACUCUUUCCACCAUAAAUAUUCAAUACCAUAUAUCACAGAUUUAUUUCUUUGCAACUUAUUUUCGAAAGUAUUGUCUUUAUUCAUUGUACUACUUAACUGACGUAAUCAUUCAUUGUAUUUCAUUACAAUUAUAGUAACUAUGCUUAAUGCGUUAGAUUCAAAGAAUCGUAGUUAUCUGUUCUCUUGUUAGUUUUGCAAAUAUGUUUUUAUUUUCUAGCUCCUAUAAUUUAUUAAUUUUUUUCAUUAAGUCUAGUAAUAUAUUUUCAAAUUUAAUUAAUUUUAUUGAUACUAAAAAAGUUCAGAAAAGUUAUUUUUUUCUUUAAAAGUGGCAAGUGCUAAAACAACCUACUCAAGUUGCGUUACACAUUACGUAUCUUUCUCCUCUCACACUCACACACACAAAUAUGGGGAACUAUAUUUUUUUUAUUUUCCAAAUUCUAGAAAAAAUGUUUUAAUUCUUAUAAUUAACAAAAUAAAAUAUUUUAAUAUUUUUUCUCCAAUCCUUUAUAGUUUCAUUUGGCCUUUUCCUUUAUAUUUUCACUUCAUCUUCCUAACCUUUCUCCCCAACUUCUCUGUUCAUCGUUUUCUCCUCUUUAUUUAUAAUAAAUAUAAUCACAUAGUAUUCUCUGAAUCCAUCUCUCCAAAAAACACCGUUCAAGAUCAAAUAAAUAAACCAUAUGUUGGUUAUUCAUUCAAUAUUUAGGGUUUAAGGUUUCUUGGGCCGGGGAGGGAUAAAAGAUGGAGAGCUUUUGUGAGUUUCAGAAGGAAGAAGAGCAGAUAGAUCUUCCUCCAGGGUUCAGGUUUCAUCCAACAGAUGAAGAACUCAUAACUCAAUAUCUCCACAAGAAGGUUCUUGACAUCAGCUUCUCAGCUAAAGCUGUUGGUGAAGUUGACUUCAAUAAGUCUGAGCCAUGGGAGUUACCGUGGAUGGCAAAAAUGGGUGAGAAAGAAUGGUACUUCUUCUGUGUGAGGGACAAAAAAUAUCCAACCGGUUUGAGGACUAACCGGGCUACUGAAGCCGGUUAUUGGAAGGCCACCGGGAAAGAUAAGGAGAUUUACCGAGGUAAAUCACUUGUUGGAAUGAAGAAGACACUUGUUUUCUAUAGAGGAAGAGCUCCUAAAGGUCAGAAAACCAAUUGGGUGAUGCAUGAGUUUAGGCUUGAAGGAAAACUCUCUGCUCAUAAUUUACCUAAAACCGCAAAGAAUGAAUGGGUGAUAUGUAGAGUGUUCCAGAAGACUGCUGGAGGGAAGAAGAUCCCUAUUUCAAGUCUAAUCCGAAUCGGUUCACUUGGAACCGGCUUUAACCCUUCUCCUUUGCCCCAUUUAACCGAUAAUUCGAGUUACAAUGAUAAAACCAAAACAGAACCGGUUUACGUGCCCUGCUUCUCCAACCAAACUGAUCAAGCCCAAGGAAACACACUCAAUGGCUUCAUCAGCCCUGUUCUUAACUCGAUCCAAGCCGACAUUUUCCACAGGAUUCCACUCUACCAAAGCCCGAUGCUCGCUCAAGAACGUUCGGUUCUACAGGCUAUGGUUGAUAACAACACAAGGCAGAGUCUCAAAGCGAUGAGUGUCUCACAAGAAACCGCAGUUUCUACUGACAUGAAAACUGAUACUUCGUCGGAUUUUGAAUACGGUAAGAGACGACUCAAUGCUCAAGGAGACCCGUAUUCCUCCACUGGACUGGUUGAUCUUGAACCUUUCUGGAAUUACUGAAGAAGAUUCAGUAGUCUCAUGUCUACGAUUCACUGUCAUGAAAGAACGUAAGAAAACUUUUGACUUUUCCACCUUAUAGUAUGGUGUGUUAAAGUUUGUAUAAUUUUUAACCAUCUCAACUUCCACUAUAUAUUAUACUCUUAAAAAAACUUAAUUUAUGAAUUGGUACAAAUGGGUAUUAUGUAAUAUAAAUGAUGAUAAUAUGCAUAUA